AUGGCGGAUGCGGUAAUUAUUGGCGAACAAAUCGAGGACGAUGAGGUGCAGGAGAUCCUGAAGACGGGCACGGAUUUGCGCCAAUAUUCGGCACAGAUCGAGAAAGAGUUUAAAGAGGUCGAAAACCGUUCCAUCGAUGAUUACAUCAAAGAGAGCCAAAACAUAGCCAACUUGCACAACCAGAUUGGCAACACAUCAAAUAUACUGGAGCGGAUGGAAUCGAUGCUGAUGGACAUCCAGGAUGCGCUGAAUAACAUCAGCACGGAGAUCACUUCGCUGCAGAAAAAGUCUGUCUCAAUGUCGGUGCAGCUAACCAAUCGGCAAUCGAUACGGGCUCAGAUCUCGCAGUUUAUAGAGGAUAUGGCCGUGCCGGAGGAGAUGGUGGCCUGCAUCAUGGACAGUCCCGUAACGGAGAAGGAGUUUAUGGGCCACCUGAACGAGCUUAACCACAAACUGAAUCUCAUGAAAGAGCUUAACUUCAAGGAAAGCAAAUCCUCGCAGGACGUGAGCGAUGUUCUGCAGAAGCUCAAAAUUAAAGCCAUGAGCAAACUGCGGCUCUACCUGAUGGAGCAGAUCUACAAGUUCCGCAAACCGAUGGCCAACUAUCAGAUACCGCAGAAUGCGAUGCUGAAGUACAAGUUCUUUUUCGAGUUUAUUCUCUCAAACGAGCGGGCGGUCGCGCAAGAGAUUUGCAACGAGUACGUUGAUACGAUGAGCAAGAUUUACUACAGCUACUUUAAGAGCUACUCGACCCGGCUCGGAUCGCUAAAGUUUGAGGAAGCCGUCUCCAAGGACGAUCUGAUGGGGUUGGACGAUUCAGUGCCGAGGAGUAUCUUCUCGAAAACGAGCUCACUGAAGAACAAAAGCACCGUAUUUUCGAUUGGCGAUCGUGGCGAAGUACUUAAUCAACAGCUGGAAGCACCGAUCAUUGUGCCACACGCGCAACAAAAGUUUCGUUACGCUUACGAAGCACUGUUCCGGUCGGAGCAGUAUGCGCUGGUCGAUAACGCCUGUCGGGAGUAUCUAUUCGUGACGGACUUUUUCAUCGUUCGCGGUCCACAGGCGCAGGAACUGUUUAACCAAAUUAUGGGCAAAACGACCACUCUUUUGAUUAAAAAUUUGGAAACGUACGUUCAGGAUUGUUUCGACACGAUAGCACUGUUCCUGUGCAUCCAGCUCUGUUUCCGAUAUCAGCUGAUGUGCCACAAACGUUGCGUGCCCGCCUUAGAUAAGUAUUGGGAUAACUUGCAUGCGGUGAUAUGGCCCCGAUUUGAGCAAGUUUUCCGUAUGAACAUACAAAGUAUUCAGGACUGUGAUCCGACCAAAUUCCCCAAAGAAACUGGACCACAUUAUAUUACCCGCCGUUAUGCUGAAUUCUCGGCCGCAAUCGUGGGCAUAACGGAGAACUUCCCGAACGAGCUGGUCAGCCACAUGCUGUUGGAGCUUCAGGAAGAGGUGAAAUGUUUUAUGCUUCGAAUGGCCGCCAUUUUCACGACGCGGAAAGAGCAACUGAUAUAUCUGAUCAACAAUUACGAUCUCGUGUUGGGUGUGCUGAUGGAACGCACUCGCGACAAUUCCAAGGAAGCGGAAGCAUUCCGCGAGUUGCUGAGCACUCGCAGUGCAGAAUACGUGGAGGAGAUACUGGCUCCACAUCUCGGUGGUAUUAUACAGUUCGUGAAGGACUGUGAGCAGAUGCGAGACAAGGAGCAGACCGAGGAACUGAAGCGUCAAGAGCGCCGAUCGCUGCAGCUGGUAGCUAAUUUUAGUGCCAACUGGAAGAAAUCCUUGGAAGACCUUAACCGUGAGGUGUUCCUAUCGUUUCCUUCGUUGCUAACGGGGUCUCAGUUGUUGCAACUCGCGCUGGCCCAGCUUGUCCAGUACUAUCACAAGUUCUACAAGCUGCUAACGCCCAACGCCCGAGCACAGCUGGUGAACAUCCAUGUGAUAAUGAUCGAGGUGAAGAAGUACAAGAGCAACUUCUAA